AUGAGUAAAUCACUAUUAUGGUUGAAAGAUUAUAAUUUGAAACUAUCGCGUCCUGUUGCACAAGUUCUUGCUAGCGCUGAAGUGAUAAAAGAAUCAGAAUUGAGUGUACAUUCGACGUACAGUUGGAAUAGACUGGAAAAAGAUGAUCGUCCUCAUUUUUCUAUUUAUGGUAUGAUAAGACAUGGACAAAAAGCUUACAAUUCUUUAUUUAUCGAUACGCCGAGACGUUUACGCCGUGCAACAAGUUCAAGUAAUUUAAUUGCUGGUGCGCGUGACAGUGCAGAAUGUAUUGCUAAAGGUGUUGGGAAAAGUCUGGGACAUGCAUCAAUUGGCUGUUUAUCAUUGUACGGUGCUGCAACUGAUGCUCUCGAGUGUUUACCACAAUUAUAUGAUCCACAUUCGGAUUGUGAUGGACAUGCACGACCCAAACUCAAUGGCAUUUAA